CAACGGCUUUCCCUCUCUCUCUCUCUCUCUCUCUCUCUCUCUCUCUCUCUCUCUCUGUUCCUGUACUCUUGGUCCUAAGCUCUCUAUAAACCCACUACAGAUUGAGUGAUUUAUUACACUAUCAUCUCAUAUUCUCUCAAUCCAUAAACCAGGAGAUGGUCUCUUCAACAGAUUCUCCUGUUUCAGAAGCAACACUUUCUACCCCAUUACUCUCAGCAACCGCAAGCAGCAGUAGCAGCAGUGAUUCCGAUGAUAGUCCCCACACUUCAUAUAGAUUCGCGUCAGAAGAUCUUAAAUUUCGAUUUCGAGGCAUACCCAUCUGCGGGUCUUAUCGAUCCUUGGCCGUCUUAUCCGGGCACAUAGGAUCAGUCUCUUGCUUGGCGAUCUGUGGUGAGUUCAUCCUAAGUGCCUCACAAGGUAAGGACAUAAUAGUGUGGCAACAGCCCGACCUCAGGCAGUUCGCUAAGUUCGGGCAGGGUGAUGGCUCUGUCAAGGCCCUUGUGACUGUAGGCAACAAAGUAUUCACAGCGCACCAAGAUAGCAGGAUUAGAGUUUGGAAGGUGUCGAGGAGCUCGGAGAACAUUUUCAGGCUUGUUGCUACAUUGCCCACGACCAAGGACUACUUGGGCAAAUUCAUGAAGCAGAGCAAUUAUGUCCAAACACGGCGGAACCACCGGCGUCUAUGGAUUGAGCAUGCUGAUAGCAUUUCUUGUCUGGCAAUCUACAAUGGCAUCAUCUAUUCAGGAUCCUGGGACAAGACGUUGAAGGUUUGGAGGGUCUCCGACCUCAAGUGCUUGGAGUCCAUUAAAGCCCACGACGAUGCGAUUAAUGGGUUGGUUGCGCACAGGGGACUGGUGUACUCGGCAUCUGCGGAUGGAAAGAUUAAGGUUUGGUGCAAAGGUACACAGAACUCACAUUGUCUGAAGGGAGUGUUGGAAGGUCACAGGGAUGUGUCAUUGAAUUCAGUGGUGGUUUGUGAGGAUGGGAGGAUGGUAUAUGGAGGUGGAUCAGAUGGGUGUGUGAUGGGGUGGGAGGGAGACGAGGAUGUUAGCAGUUGGGAAUUGGUUUGUGAAUUAAAAGCACAUAAAAUGGCUGUGUUGUGUAUGUGCUCCAUGGGGGAGUUUUUGUGCACUGGCUCAGCUGAUAAGAGCAUAGGUAUAUGGAAGAGAGAGGCUGGUGGUGGGCUUACUAGUGUUGGAGUCCUAAGGGGCCAUGAAGGACCAGUGAAGUGCCUACAGGCCUCACCUAAUAGUAUUGGUGGUGGGUUCUUGCUGUACAGUGGGGGACUUGAUAAGAAUUUGAGGGUUUGGUGGGUUCCCAAAGAGAAAUGGGAAAAGAAAGGGGAUUGUUCUCCUAUACAAGUACAAAUACAAAAUACAUCUUGAGUAGUUGAGUUGAGUUGUUUUGUUUAUUUUUUCCUUUUCUAUUUCUUUUUGGUUUUCUUGCAGCUUUCUUUGAAGCUAGGAAGGAUGGGGGGCAUUGUUCUUUUUUUGUGUUUGCAGUGCUUCCCAGAAUGAUCUUGCAGUUGGAUUUUCUUUCUUUACAAAGGAGUUUGUGAGGUACUGAGGUUACAAGGGUUUGGGUGUAAAUGAAUAAGAAAGUAUACAAGCCUUAGAGGUACUUCAAUUGGUUUUUGGGAUUUGGUGUUUUUUUUUUUUUGGAUAGUCCCUAGUCCUUGGGCUGAUGGGCUUUGGCUAUAAGAAUUGGGAAAAAGAGAUGGCAGGGCUUUGGCUAUAAGAAUUGGGAAAAAGAGAUGGCAGAAGAUAUGCCAGUAACAACACAAUGG